AUUCGGUAAUUUUCUACUUAGUAUAGAACCGCCAAAUCUCCAAUCGGAAGGAAAACCCUAAACUCUCCGGCGGCUGCACCGAAACAGAGGUAUCUCAAGUAAGAAUUUCAGCAAUGUCUCCAGCUAAAGUUGACAGCAAGAAGAAAACUGAUCCAAAAGCUCAAGCAGUGAAGGCUGCUAAGGCUGUGAAAUCUGGUCCAGCAUUUAAGAAGGCUAAGAAGAUUAGGACAAAAGUUACAUUUCAUCGUCCAAAGACUUUGAAAAAAGACCGGAACCCUAAAUAUCCUCGAAUUAGUGCACCACUCAGAAAUAAGUUGGAUCAAUAUCAAAUCCUCAAGUAUCCUUUAACUACCGAGUCUGCAAUGAAGAAAAUUGAGGACAACAACACCUUGGUUUUCAUUGUUGACAUCCGUGCUGACAAGAAGAAGAUUAAAGAUGCUGUGAAGAAGAUGUAUGACAUUCAGACAAAGAAAGUGAAUACACUGAUCAGGCCUGAUGGAACUAAGAAGGCAUAUGUUAGGUUGACUCCAGAUUAUGAUGCCUUGGAUGUGGCAAACAAGAUCGGAAUUAUCUAAGAUAUCUAAUCGGUCAAUCGAUGUCUUCCAUACUUUCAACAGUUUUGUUAGGAGUGAUUCACUAUGUUAGAGACUUCAUUGUCAUUUUGGCAUUAUAUGUAUCAGGAAUUAUGUUUCCUAAUUAAAUUCUGCAAUGGGACUUGAUGUGCUGUUAUGAAUGGUUUUUACUUAUUAAAUAUUUAUUAAAAUCUCCUGGAUCUUCAAAAUU